AUGGCGGGUUCGGCUGGAAAAUACGACUUCAGAAUGUCCAAAUUUAAUUCUGACCACUUUUCUACUUCCUUCGCGUGGUUCAGGACCUUGCGGGAGGAACAGAAGCUGGUGGAUGUCGUCCUGAACGUAAACGGGAAAGAUUUCCACUGCCACCGGGCUGUAAUGGCGGCAUGCAGCCCGUAUUUUCACGCGAUGUUCACAGGAAACUUGUCGGAGAGCCGUCAGGAGAAAAUCCAGCUACAGGACGAUACAGCCGCAGGUGUGAAGGUAGAGGUGGCCGCCAUGGAGGAGGUCGUCCACUACGCGUACAGCGGGGAGGUCCGUGUUUCCUCCGAUAACGUCCAGCAACUCUACGUGGCAGCGGACCUGUUCCAGAUAGACUUCAUCCUGCAGCACUGUCUACAGUACAUGGAGGGACAGCUCGACUCCUCCAACUGUUUUGGGAUCUUCAGUUUUGCGGACAUGUUCGGUGCCCGGAAGCUCAGAGAGAGGAGUCUGAAGUACAUCUGUAGCAGGUUUGGGGAGGUCUCACGGGAGGAGGAGUUUUUCCAGCUCAGCCCCGGACAACUGUGUGACAUUCUCAGCAGCGAUGACCUAGCAAUAUCAGAUGAGAUGUCAGUGUGGAGUGCAGUGAUCAGCUGGAUCAUGCACACACCAAACUCCAGGAGAGACAGUCUCGUGGACGCCCUGACCUGCAUACGGCUUCCUCUCCUACGGGACAGCGAUGUGGACUGGAUCUCGGAGUACAUCACUAUGUCUCAGCUGGAGCAGGAGGUGGAUGGACCAAUGACAUCCAUGGACAAGGCUGUGGAGUUCUGGAAGGAGCAGCAGAGUUCUGCUCACCACAGAGUUGGGGAGGCGGAGGAGAUGGUGGUCGUGUUUAAGGCCCGGCAGAGACUCGAGCCUGGCGUUGCCACCGCUGGUCAGACAGACAUUGAAGCGGAUGAGCUGGCAUGUUUUACCAGGGAUGGAAGGGUGUACAGCACAACUAAACCAUGUGUGGGAUCCCUCCUGCCACUGGGAGUGGUUUCUUCUCACGAGUGGAGCAUCUACGUUUUUGCCUUCCCCGAAACUUCGUACCCGUCUUUCCAUAAGUACGACUGCAUACAGAAUGAGUGGACUCAGCUGGCCUCCCCUCCCUCAAGACACGACUACAAGAAUCCGUACGUCGCACAAGUGGGGGAUAAAAUCUACCUUUUCUUCUCUUCCGGUCAGACAGAAAACAUGCACUGCUUUGACACGCGGCUGCAAGAGUGGAGGGUUCUCUCUGUUGUGCCCCGCGUUGUGUUCACGGACACCAUGCUCGCCGUUGUUGACAAGUGCAUCUACGCCGUCAGCUGCGAGUUCCUCUUCCGUUACAACUCCAUUGGAGAGGAGUGGACCAAACUGUGGAGCCUGGCCGACUCCGGAGUCACUGUGGACAGAAUCCGUGGGGUUGUCGGGGUCAGGAACACCAUAUACUGCUUAUCACAGGACACGCUGUACGCCUACAGCACAGAGCGUAACCAAUGGAGACAGCUAGACACAACGGGAGUUCCAGGUGUGAUCACAACAAGCAGUGUGGACUCAGGACCGCACCUGGUCAGUUUCCUGGGCCACCUUCACGUGUUGGUCGCGUACAAGGGAGUGGCGAUAGUCGGGUACAGGUUUAGUGAAGUGGAGAACAAGUGGGAGUUGGCCCUGCACAUUCCAUGCACGUAUUACAUCGGCACACAGUUCCACUGUAUCACUGCAAAACUGUUUGCCUCUCGACUUGGAACCGGAGAACUCUUCAAAGAUCCACUGCAUGAGAUAGAUGGAACAUAG